AUGGCCUGCCAGAAUGGUGUCUUCUACAUCUUAGUCUACCUUGCUCACGUGAUAUGUAUAGAAUGUGAUGAAUCUUCCGAUGAUGAUGAUUUAUUAGACGAUGGUGGUUAUUACGACUUCAAAGACAAAGUUAAACAAAAUAGAGUAUCUCGAGUUUUUACUGAGGCUGAAAAGUUGGCUCAAGAAAAAUCCACUUUUUAUUCUGCUCUCUGCAGCAAAAAUAACGAACUCGUCAUGGAAUACAUCGAUAGGGGAUUCGACGUUGAAAUGAAUUUUGGGGAUGGUUGGACACCCUUAUUGUUAUGUGUGUCAACUGGAAAUGCUAGGCUUACAGAGGAGUUUGUUAUCCGUGGAGCGAAAAUUGAUUCUAUAAGAGAUGGUAUGACAACUUUAAUGAUGGCUUGCAAUUGUCCGAAAGAAACUGCAGAUUUUUCACAAUCCUUAGAGAUUAUCAAGCUGUUAGUGGAUUUUGGGGUAAAUCCAAAAUCUAUAAACAGAAAAAGAAUGACAGCGUUAAUGUAUGCUGCUAAUUCUGGAAAUUUACCAGCUGUUGAAUAUUUACUACCUCUUUCUGAUAAAAAUGCAGAGGACAAUCAAAAGUGGACAGCUUUAUUUUGGGCUGUUAAUGGAGACAAUGUCAGUGUUGUUGAAUAUUUGCUGAAAGAAGGAUUAAAAUAUGAUUUGUGUGAUGUCAGAAAUAACACUCCUCUGGAUGUGGCAAAGUGUAAUAAUAAUAAAAAAAUCAUUAGUCUAUUUACUAGUGAAGAGCCUCAUGCACUGAUCAGCAAUGACAAUUUUUCAUAUGAUUCUUUUGAGGGCAUUUUCAAUACAUCAGGUGAAAAACCACAAUUUUUCUUAGACAUUUGCAAUCUCCUUUGUGGAGUUAAAGCUGAGAAUGCGAUAAGAACUUUUGCCAACAAUAAAAUUAGUUUGAGUACUUUCUUUUCAUUUUCCAACAGUGAACUAAAAAAUUUGGGAGUCAACUUACCUUAUCAACGUUAUAGAAUUAUGGCAGGAAUUCAUAAGUUUCAUGAAAAACCUUUUUCUCCCACGUCUCUUCAUAUAAUAAAACUAGAAGAAAUGUACAGUAAUACAGACUUAGCCGUCCAGUUGCUUACAGUAGUGAAACAUGUGAUAGUUAUGGAGGCCUGUUUGUUAUAUAUGAAGAAAAAUCAAGUUGAGGAAGAAAUAUUAGAAAAAGAGAUAUUGUCUAUGGAGAAACAGUUAACUAUAUUUAAACGAAGAGUUGUGCUGUGUAAGAAAGUUGCAAAAAAUAUUUUUUCCAAAUCAAGGCAAUGGGAUAAGGCAUUGAAACCUGUGGAUCUAAUCACUUCAAAUUCAGGAAAGUUCAAUUUACCUUGGAGAAAAUUAAUUUUAUCUGUGUCUUUACUCUCUGCCUUUUUCAUUUAUAAAUUGAGGUCAUGAAAAUGAACUAUUUCAGAUGUUAUUAAAUUAGAGAUUUUUGUAAGUUGCAAA